AUGAGCUGCAGUUGGAGGGCCAGUUGGGGGGCGGCGGCGGCCGGGAAGGGGGCGCCGGACCCGCGGCCGGAGUCGAGCCCUUGCGGGCCGGUGCGGGCGCGGACGGCGGCGACACAGGGCGGGUGCGGACGGGGCGGCGCGGGGCGGGGCGGGACGUCGGGGCGGCACGGGGGCGGGGAGGACGACGGGGAGGCGCGGGGCGGGCAGGACGGCGGUGCGGGUCGGGAGGACGGCGGCGCGGCGCGGGUCAGGGCGGGGACGACGGCGGCGCGGCACGGGGAGAGGGUGGUGGCGGCGGUUGGAGGAGAGGAGAUGUGCAGCGAGUGGAGGAGAGGAGGGCGUCGACGGCGCGGAGAGGGUGGCGGCAGCAGUUGGGUCGGGGUGCGCGAGGAGAGAAACGAGUGGAGGAGGAGGGCCGGGGCGUCGAGGAUAAGGUGGCCCUAUGCCGACGGCCAGGCCUCCGGCAUAGGAGUGGUCCCACAUGGCAGCGAGAGGGCCAUCGAGUGGAUAAGGUGGCUCUAUGCCGACGGCCAGGCCGUCGGCAUAGAUAGGAGGCCUAUGGCCGUCGGCAUAGAUGAUUCUUAG